AUCUUAGCAAGUUUCAAGGUUUACAUUAGUUUCGACAGCAUAACUAGUCUUAUCUUUUUGCUAUAGUUAACUAAAAGGUUUAUAGUUGCAUGUUAUGUUCGAGGCAAUUGCUCAUAAUUUGCAAGGAAUUGGAAGUCUUUCAUCUGUGAUUAGAAAUAUUCAAUAUUUGUUAAAUGGUUGCCAACUGGGCUGAUAAAUCUUGCUAAACUUACCCAUACUGCCUUUUAUUUCGAGAGGAGAGUUUUUUUUCUCUCUCUCUUUUUUCUUUAAUCUGCAUGCGCAUUAGAAAGUAAUCCAUUUUUAAAUUUUUUUGCAAAAUAAGUAUGAUAAUAAUUGCAUUUCAUGUACAUAAGUGAGGCUACAAAUUUCUGUUUGAUUACUGUCAUUUAAUGCUUGAUGAGGCAGAUAAAAUAUUUGCUUUGUUAAAUAGCAUAAGUUGUGAAAUAUAAUUAAACAAUUAUUUUACUUUGGUGGACUUAACCAUAAAACAAAACCGAGACGGCCAAUUGGAUUAGUUAAAGAACAACUAGCCAUUGAUGGACCAGAUAGGUUACCAAAUUGCUUCCUUUUUUGACCGGUCAUCCUUCAACCUUAAGCAGAAGCUGAAAAUAUCUUGGUCAAUUAUCUUAAAAACUGGAGCUUUAAUAUGCUUAUAUCUUUUUUCCCUAAAGUUUUAGAGAAAUGAAAUUGUUGAAUUCUAGAGCAGAUCCAACUAUCUUUUAUAUUUAGGAGAUCGAUGCUUUACCUCCACCAGAUAAAGCUUAUCAAAGUGGCAACGAGAUUCUGAAUUUGAGGAUCAUGGAUCAUAUAUAUAUACACGAGUCCAUGAAAUUUGUUUCCAUUAGUUAAAUAUCAUUUUAUCAUAAAAGAAUGGAUGUUUAAUAUUUUAAUUGAUAUUGAUAUUCUUUAAAAAAUUACAAUGAAGUUAAUAAUUUAAUAUUCAAAUUAUUUAUUGACAAAAAUGGUUAGUAAUAAUCAGAUUUGAGUUUUGAGUUCUAUUAAAACAGGGCGGCAAGCCGCUCGAUGGCUAUGGUGCACGAAUGCAAAGGUUAGGAGUUCAAAUCUUGUACGUAUGUUUGUAAAUUGGACUAUUUCUUGAACGUAAUCGAAUAGCUUAUUCUUCAUAAGGAACUUAGUGGUCGCCAACAUCAAUGUUUAUAUCUCUCCAUUAAUAUUUUUUGCUUGCCAUCAUCUUUCUCCCAAUGCUUGGUUGGUCAAAGACCAACCCAUGUAUUUGUUGAACUGUUUCAAAGCCGUCCGCAGGGCUAUUAAAAAGCCCUUUCGUGCAUGAAAUCUGUGUGAACUCAUCAUAAAAAAGCUACCUCGAAUGGCUGAUGAUUCCAACCACGUGUUCAGGUAUAGCUCAAAUAUCGAGAUCAUCUGACAUAUGUCGUUGCCCCGAUCUUCGAACCUAAGUUCGAGUUGUCUAACAUUUCAUUAGCUUAUAAAUUAAUAUUUCUUAGCAUCAAACAUUUAAACUGUAAUCAAUCUAUUUCACUCUUAUUAAUAAUUGUAAAUGAGAUAUUGACAUGACUCAUUAUUUGACAAUAUAUUAAUUAAAAAAAUUUACAACAUUGAUCUAUUUAUCAACCCUUAUGACAAAUUUGGGUUACAAAAAUCAGAUAGUAAGAGUAGAAUUUUUACUAAAUAUGUGUUCUCCUCCAUUUAAAUUUAACCAUCGGCUUUGUGGACCAAUGGCAUCGCUUGUGAAAAAUUUUGAUCAUGUCUCAAUUUACUAAAAAUUAUUAGAUUAUCACUUCCAUUUAUGAUAUUCUUCACUAUCUGCUUUAUGGUGUUGAACCUAAAUCUUUUUUCUUAUUAUUUAUGUUUGUACUUGUUCUCUAGGAUAGUCUUUGCUUUAGGUUAUGAGUUUUUGAUGAAUGAAUUUCUAGUUGUUAGCUUAAGGAAGGUGCUAGUGAUACCCUAAUUGUUAUUAUUGGCAUUGGUCUAUGGUAGAUUUGAAGGACUAGAAAUUAUGCCUUAUACAAUGGAUUUUUUGUCUGUCUUUUUUUAUCGAAUUUUUUCUUCAGUUUUAGGUUAUAAUAUUCCUCAUCCCUCUCAAUAUGUCAAAUGGUUAAAAUUAUCUUUUGACAAAUUAUAAAUUGAACUGUGAUAGUUUCAUUAAAAAUAUUAAAAUGGUGGUUUACAAUUUAUUCUCAAGAGAGAUGAUGAUAUCGGUAAGGUAUAUUUGAGAAAUUUCCUAGUUGUUGAUUGCUCCAUAAGAAUAUUAUCUUCUUCUUUUUUUUUUUUUUAACUAUAACUAUCAAAGAUGAAUUAAUGACUGCUCUGAAAGUCGGAUUAAAACAUGUUACUGUUGAAUCCCACUUUUUUUUUAAUAUUAUAAACAUAUUUGUACUAUGUAUUUUAUUUUUUAUCCACGUUAUAUUUUUUAAUCCAGAUUUAGUAUGAAACAAAGAUUAGAAGUUGAAUUCCCACGUGUUAUGGCCAAUCCAUCCGUGUUUUAUUUGAACUCUUCCGCCUCUUCGCUCUUACCGCGCAGACGAUUUGGCGUCUUCAUCCUGUCUUUCUAACCUACCUCGAGACUACUCUCCCUCAUCGCCGUCACCAACCAAACACCACGAAACGCCCUCUGAGCGAAACAAGGAGCUUGAACGCGUCCUCAUGGCACGCGUUUCGAUUCCUUCUUCCGCCCGCAACACGCAGCGCGGCAGCCCCCGCGAGCCUUCUCCUUCCCUUUCGCCUCGCACUCCUACCUCUAUAAAGCCCCUUACCCUUCCAACCCCUCAUGCACCGUAUCAUUCAAUCUCUCUUCCCUUCUUCUUUUGCUCGAUCCCAUGGCCGAGUCGAAGCAGUCCUACCUGAACGGGGCCUACUACGGCCCCCCGGUCCCGCCGCGAGACACCUACCGCAGCGUCGGCCGUAGCUCCAGCUUCUGCUGCUGCGGCCCCUGCUGCCUCCUCUGCAACCUCGUCAAGUUCAUAGUCUCCAUCGUCAUCGCCCUCGGCAUCGUCGUCCUCGUUCUCUGGCUCAUCUUCCGCCCCAACGACAUCAAGGCUCACGUCGACGACGCCUCCCUCACCCAAUUCAACUACACCACCGGCACCGGCAGCCUGAGCUACAAUCUCAGCCUCGCCAUGAGCAUCCGCAACCCCAACAAGCGGAUCAGCAUCUACUACGACUACCUGGAGGCGCGGGCGAGCUACGACGGCUUCCGCUUCGGCUACGCCCCGCUGCCCGUCUUCUACCAGAGGCGGAAGAGCACGGCGGCGCUCGCCCCGGCGUUCCAGGGCGCGCAGGUCGUGACGGAGGACGGCGUCGCGGAGACGUACGUGAGGGAGACGGGCGAGGGCUUCUACUACGUGGACGUCAGGGUGUACGCCAAGCUGCGGCUCAAGGUGUGGGUCUUUAAGAUUCGGUACAACCGGCCGCGGAUCGACUGCAGCUUGAAGCUUCCCGUGCCGGGGACCGCCGGCUCCUUCGAGAAGACCAAGUGCCACGUGCACCACUUUUAGCUUCGUGCACCACACUACAUUGUUUCAUCGGUAUACGUAUACGUCGUAUGGGUAUCGAGAGAUGUACACUAUACAGUUCGUGGAUUUGUAGUUUCGAGUAUUGCUUACUUACACAUAUAUAAUUAAAUAAUGUAUUUUUCUUA